AUGGGAAGACGCAGAAGACGAGCCCACUCUGAGAUCCAUGAACAGUCGCAGUAUGUCGCAGUGCUAGCUGCUAGCUCCGACUCAGCUCUGCGGGCUCAGAAUCAACAGCGACAGCGAGGUGCCGAAGGCGGCGGCUCGCGAACACAAGCAGAGGAAAGCUGCCUGCGUGUACUUCCGCAGCAGAAGGACUUGCCCUGGCCAGGCAGCCAGGACAUGCACUGGACUUCUGUAGCUCUUGCAUGUGAGAUGCGAGGGGCCAAAAAAGACAUUGCGCUCUCCUCGGAACCUGGGAACAGUGGAUGA